AUUCGGCACAGAAGAAAACAAACGCUUUUCUAAUGUAUAAAAUUGAGGAAUAAAAUAAUAUUAUUUAUUAGAUUUCCUAGGUGGUUUACCGGGAGAAAAGAGUUAUCAGUUCACGCAGAUGCUCCCUUUUACUUGAACAGAAUCCCUGCUCUUUCUAUUUGUUUGUUUUUCCCCUCUCUCUCUCUCCUCUCUCUCUCUCUCUCUCUCUUCUCUCUCUCAUCCUUGAAAAUGUUAUGCUUUGAGUUUCUCUUCGGCGUCCACCGCUACACAAGAUCUUGACCAGAAAUCAACAAUUCGCAGGAAAAUGUCAUGAAAUGCAGACUGUGAAGAAAUCAACCAAGGCUACGCUGUAGUGAAAUUCAACAAAAAAGAAAAAUUAAGAAGAAGAAAAAAAGUUGGUGGUUAGAGAAGCAAAGAAAGGAUUUUUUGCCAGUUUUACCCCUGUAAUGGCAGUGAGAAGUGAAGAAGAGUCUUCAGAACUGAAAGACGUACAGAUCGGCUGUUCUUGGAUUCCGACAACUCCCGCAAAACCCAAUUCGACAAAUCAGCAGCCGAUCUGCGGAGAAUGGCUAGAAAAUCACCUGGCUCGACCCAAUAGUACGAAUUUGUCCGAAUCGGAAAUGCUAAAUGGAGAAUCUCUGCAAACACAAAGCCAGACAUCAGCUGCAUGUUAUAAUAGUCCAGCACACGUAAGUAGAGACGAAGCCGUCAAAUCCCAUCUUAGCUCGGACUACCUAUCGGAAUUCGACACGUGGCAAGCGAGUAAGAGUACAAGUUCCCAUGUUUAUGUAGACAAUGCACGCGCGUACGACAAGUUCCCUGUAAAUGAUAUGGACAAAUGGCCCGCCAUGUCGUUCAGUAAUCUAUUGGCUCUAGCAGAUUCAGCCGGCAACAAAGGACCAGCGCAUAAUGUACCUGCUACGAGCACUUACGCUUCGACACCGCUUUUUCACCCCGAAAUUGAAGGUAGACAGUUCAUAAUCAGCUUUGGAAAUCCUGCACUGCAAGAUCACGAAAGUUCGGGAGCAAUAUAUGAUGCUGGGUUGAAUAUGGCGAUGCAUGGAAGUUCGGCAGCUUCUAGGCCUUCCUUUAAUCUCAAUUCACCCCCCAGAUCAAACACCAAUAUUGCAGCAUUGAGCAAGAGUGCAUCAUCCCGUUUUGCUCCUAUAACUCCAGGCAAGAACAGUAAAGCUGAGCAUAGGCAGGACUCUAAUUUCAUAGAUUUAAGCGUAGACGAGCUCCCAGCAGGAAAGAACUCACAAGAGAACAAAACCACAAUGUGUGGAGGAAUGGAGCUUCGCAAGAAGAAAGAAAAGUCUCAUCUGGUCGUCGAACAAUUGUGUGAAGACGACAACACGUCCACACAAUUGCAGGAGAAUCACAAGCCUGACAAGGAAGGUACCGAGGAAGCUGACAUGAUCAAAACCCCUCCACCAAAGGCGAGGAAGAAAAAGCACAGGCCGAAAGUCAUAAUCGAGGGUAAGAAACAAAGGACUCCUAAAUCGAGUGCAGUAAAACCUAGUGUUCAACAAGAAACCCCAAGUGGUGUAAAGAGAAAAUAUGUUCGAAGAAAAGCAGACGACAAUCCCAUAGAAGGGGAUUCAAACAAGAAGUCUCCUGGUCUUGCAAAUACAAAUACUCCAGGGGAAAAGAGGAAGUAUGAAAGGAAAAAACGAACCAACAAACCUGAAGGUGACGAUGACAUGCAUUGUAAGGAAACCGCCGAGACAGCUGAGAUAAAUGUUCCCCGUUAUACCAGGAGUUCGUGCAGAAGAUCACUCAACUUUAACUCAGAUACCCAAGCGAGAGACGAAAGCUCUUCGUACUGUCCACCUUCGAAUUGCAACAGUGACUCACAAGCAGAGAACUUUGAUGCAAAAGAUCAAUCAAGAAAUGGCAUGGAGAAAAAUGACGUGGACACUUCUCAAUUACAUACACACUCUAUAAAUCAGUUACAUGAAGAUUACCUCUCAAGGCCGGAACAACAUUCUCCAAUGUUCACAGAUCAAACUGUAUCCACCCGAGGGAAAUGCCAAAUCAUAUUCUCCGAUGUAACACAUGACAAAGAGGUCAAUACUGUUCCAGUGAGAAUGAAUAAUCCCGAUAGCCGAAUUACGCAAAUGAGUCAGAGUGAUUCCAUCUGCAGCAGCACAUGCUUGACUCCAGAAAGACGAGUGGGAGGCUUGAAAAGAAGAGGCACGGGUGCAGAUGCUGAAGCAGAACUCUACAACAGAAACGACAAUGGAGCAUUUUACAAUUCCUUGCAGGCGUACCUUCCUGCAUAUUCACAAAAUGCACAUAAUACUUACGGUUCUCCAGGAUUCCAGUUUCCAGCAAUUUACAAGAAAAAGAGGACUGAGAAGGUGUAUAAUAUGGUCUCAUCUUGCUCGCAGCAGUACACAGCAUCUACCUCAGACAACAAUAAUUUAAAACAUGAAAGGAACGAUGUCAGAUUUUCUUGCACGGAGCUUUUCGCAUCAAUAACCAAUCAGGGAUCUUCUGGUGCUCAAUUUCAAGUUGCUAAUUUUGCAGCUGAUGCUACUCAGAAUGGAAGGCAAAUUUUCGAAGACCUGUUAGCUUUGGGACCUACGGAGAGAAUCAAGAGGAGGAGAUCCAAAGGGGUUACUCGACUACGUGAUUUGUCUUCGCUGCUAAAAAUUUGUCAAGAACUGCCGUCAUCUUCAAGUAGAGAAGCAACAACAUGCAUGGAAGCCCUUGUAGCCGACACUUGCUCAAAAACGGCAAAAAAGAAACGAUCAAAGAGAAGCAUGAUUAUGAAUUCUGCACAAAAUUCAUACAGUCACCAAUCAAUGGGACCACCAUUGGCUCUAACGUGGAAAUGCAUGUCACCAGUUGACUCGCUCAUUGACCAACUUGACCGACUAGAUCUCAAUGCAGAGAGGUGCCGACCAUCAGGACAAGAGCAGAAUCCAUUUAUGGCAUACCACAGAGAUUAUCAACUGCAACAUGCACUUGUUCCGUUUCGAAGAUAUGGUGAUGUUGUCCCUUAUGAUAGUUCAUUUGAUCAAGUCAAGAGAAGGCGGCCAAGGCCUAAAGUUGAGCUUGAUGACGAGACUAGUAGAGUGUGGAAACUUUUGUUGGAAAAUAUAAACAGCGAAGGAAUUGACGGAACAGACGAAGAAAAGACAAAAUGGUGGGAAGAAGAACGAAGAGUAUUCAAUGGAAGGGCAGAUUCGUUCAUUGCACGCAUGCAUCUUGUACAAGGGGACAGACGCUUUUCACCGUGGAAGGGGUCAGUUGUUGACUCUGUAGUUGGUGUUUUCCUCACACAGAAUGUUUCGGAUCAUCUCUCCAGCUCUGCCUUCAUGUCACUUGCUGCACGAUUCCCCCUCGAAACAGAUACGCAGCAUGAAGAAUUUCAUGAAGAGGGACUGGGUACCGAAAUGAAAGAACCUGAGGUGUGUGAGCUGGAUUCUCAUGGAGACUUUGGAUCGAACAAAGAUAUCUUAAAAGAGUCGGUUAGUGGAGAGGUUACCGAGAUGCUUCAGGACUUUAAAGAUGAUAGUGUUAGAGAAGUGGACAGUGGCAAUUCUGUUGGGAACAGUUUUGACGGGAUUGUCUUAAAAGACAACUUUAGAAGCCAAUCAACUGAUACAUGUAAAGAUUGUCCGGUUAUGUCCCAUGAAACUGUUGCAAACGAAACGGCAAGUUUGGUUGAGGAAGGAAAAGACGCAGUAGAAGACACUCUUUCUUCUCAGAACUCUGUAGAUUCUCCAAUUGCACAAAACGCUGAAAGGAGUAAUUCUUGCUUACUGAGCACCGCAGAAGAGGAACCAAUAGCAGGAGUUACAGCAGAUAGGUUCACCAGCUCUACUCCGUUUGUAAAGCUUCUACAAAUGGCUGGCACUGUACUGCAAGGUGAUUAUGAAAAAGGCAGUGACAAAAAAAGGUCCGACGAAACUCGUCAGAUCCAACUAGAAAGCUUGACCCUUAACUUUCAGAGCACCAGACAUUUGGACACUCCUACAUUCCCUUCUAAUACCGAUGCAUCGUGUAGUAAGUCUACUAUGUCUGAUCUACUUUCAGAGUUUGAGUUAUCUCAAAAAAACAGCCAGUUAUUCAGUAGUUCCGGCGGAAAAGAAAUUUGUGCGGCUGAAAUUAGUGAAUUCUCUUCCGAGUCUGCCUCAGGUACCACAUUUCGAAAUAUUUCAGCUGUUAGUUUCAACGAGGGGCCAACGAUUCCCAGUCCAAAUGCCCACUCGAGUAACAAUGACCAAGUACCAAAACAGAUUCUCUUGCAAGAGAAUACUUGCAAAAUGCAGGAGGUUUCAAAAACUCGAAUCCAUGCACAAAAUUUGAUGGAUGUUACAGGUAGUACCAGCAAUAUUGAUUAUUCAAAAAAUUCCGAGUCCAGGGAAGUUAGCUCAAAUAAGAACAACACUGGCAAGAUGGUUAAUGGACAUAAAGCAAGAGCGGGGAGACCGAAAAAAGAAAAGGAGAACCAAGUUGAAUGGGAUCUAUUGAGAAAACAGGCACAGGUAGAUGGUAAAGAAACAGAAAGAACAGCCAAUAGAAUGGACUCAGUGGACUGGGACGCUGUUAGAUGUGCAGACGUUAACGACAUCGCGCAGACUAUCAAAGAAAGGGGAAUGAACAAUAUGCUAGCAGAGAGAAUCAAGGAAUUCCUCAACCGCAUUGUUAGAGACCACGGAAGCAUUGAUCUAGAAUGGCUUAGGGACGUUCCACCGGACAAAGCAAAAGAGUAUCUAUUAAGUUUCAGAGGAUUGGGUUUGAAGAGUGUGGAAUGCGUGCGGCUUUUGACGCUUCACCACCUUGCCUUUCCAGUUGACACCAAUGUUGGCCGUAUAGCCGUACGAUUAGGAUGGGUACCUCUUCAGCCAUUACCCGAGUCGCUUCAGCUACAUCUACUGGAAAUGUACCCUGUAUUGGAGUCUAUUCAGAAAUAUCUGUGGCCUAGGCUCUGCAAGCUUGAUCAAAGAACACUAUAUGAGCUGCAUUAUCAAAUGAUCACGUUUGGAAAGGUAUUUUGCACAAAGAGCAAACCAAAUUGCAAUGCAUGUCCUAUGAGAGGAGAAUGCAGACAUUUUGCAAGUGCAUUUGCAAGUGCAAGACUCGCUCUCCCAGCACCAGAGGAGAAGAGUAUCGUGGGUGCCGUAGUAAAUAGAACAGCAGAUCAAAAUCCAACAAGUAGUAGAAAUACCUUAGAGUUGUUGCCUUCACCUCCGUCUAAUCAAACGGUUGCUGAAUCUGGAGUUAGCAAUUCCCAACCAAUCAUUGAAGAACCUGCUUCACCAGAGCCAGAGUAUCCAGAAGUUCUAGAAUCUGACAUUGAGAAUGCUUUCAACGAAGACCCUGAUGAGAUUCCUACAAUCCGACUCAAUAUGGAACAGUUCACUCACAAUCUGCAGAAGAUUAUGGAACAGAACACACAACUAGACGAGGGCGAUAUGUCAAAAGCCUUGGUAGCUUUAACUUCAGAGGCUGCUUCGAUCCCUGUUCCGAAACUCAAGAAUAUGAGCCGACUCAGAACAGAACAUCAAGUCUAUGAGCUUCCAGAUUCACACCCUCUACUAGAAGAGAUGGACAAACGAGAACCUGAUGAUCCUUCUCCUUACCUACUUGCAAUAUGGACCCCAGGUGAAACCAUGAAUUCUAUUGAUCCACCAGAAAGACGGUGCAUAUCGGAAGGGUUUGACAAAUUAUGCACAGAUGAGACAUGUUCUGCAUGCAACAGCAUAAGAGAAGCAAACUCUCAAACUGUUAGGGGGACUCUUCUGAUACCAUGCAGAACAGCCAUGAGAGGAAGCUUUCCACUAAAUGGCACAUAUUUUCAAGUAAAUGAGGUAUUUUCUGAUCACGAAAGUAGUCUAUCUCCGAUGAACAUUCCAAGACAGUGGUUAUGGAACUUGCCAAGGAGAACAGUGUACUUUGGGACGUCAAUUCCAACCAUCUUUAAAGGGCUGUCCACGGAAGGAAUUCAGUACUGCUUUUGGAGAGGGUUUGUCUGUGUCAGAGGUUUCGACAGGAAAUCGAGAGCACCGCGUCCCUUGAUCGCCAGGUUGCACUUCCCCGCCAGCAGCAGAUUAGGGAAAGGGAAAGGAAAGGUAGAUGAGAAGGAUAACUAGACUUCAGUUAGAAACAUCAAGGAAAACAUGUUCUUUAGCUUGUAUAAUAUUGAAAUAGGGUUGCACUUGUUGUAUUAAUCGGAAAUAAUUUUAAUUUCUUCGGCAAACAUGAAAUGUUGAUUUUCGUGCAGGGAUUUUUUUUAGGAAUGAGACUUUUCUUCUAUCUU